AUUAAAAGAAAGGGUUUGAUAUGAAGUUGCCUUCCACCAAACCAUAACUUUAUUCUUCCAUGUCCCUACAUUUCCUUUCCUCUCCGUCUUCUAGCUUAGCUAGCUUCAAUCCCUCCUUUCCCCUUCCAUCAUCAUUCCAUUUCAUAUCUUCCCAAUAAUCCAGCUUAGCGCCACUCAUUCAUGGCACCUCCCACCACUGCUCUCUAUCAUCUCCUCCUUUCCAACGCAAAUUCUUAACUGCCAUUUACACUUCACUAUAUGUGAUCUGAUCUGCAGUAAUGGCGAAACCCAGUUGCUUGCGUCCGUUGUUCUCUAUGUUCUUGUCUCUUCUCGGCCUCCUCCUGCUCCAUCUCGGCUGCUUCAUCUUCUCCUCCUCCUCCUCCUCCGCCGUCGCCGACAACGACCGCCCUGAUCAGCCGCCGCAAAAUUCCGGUAGGAACAGAAAGGUUUCCUCUUCUUCUUCUUCUUCUCGUCUCAAACGAUCCACCGCCGGAGCUGUUUCUGCGUCUUGGUCCUUCGUUAAGAGACUCUUCAGCUGCGCGGCCAGACCCGCCGCCGCCGCCACUCCUCCUCCUCCCCACCCGUCAAUCCCGUCGCCGUGUUCCUCCUCUAGAUCCCUGACGAAACCCAUCGUCAUCCCGCUAGCCUCGCCGGACAAGCUCUCCCCUGAUCCCCUUUCCGAUAUCUGCUCCGACCAACCCAACAUCCCGCUCCGGAACAAUAUCUACCCCUGUACCCUCUGCGGCGAGAUUUUCCUCGCCACCAAUCUUCUCGAGCAGCACCAGUUCAUAAAGCACGCGAUUUCGGAGCUCGUGGAUGGAGAUUCCGGCAACAACAUUGUCCAGAUCAUAUUCAAAACCGGCUGGCCGGAGACGGCGAAGAAUCCGGUGAUCCGCCGGAUUUUAAAGAUUCACAACAGCCCGAAGAUCCUGACCCGGUUCGAGGAAUACAGAGAGCACGUGAAGUCGAAAGCGGCCCGGAACAUCGCCGGGAGGCGGAGAGACGAGAGGUGCAUCGCCGACGGCAAUGAACUGUUAAGGUUCCACUGCGCCACCUUCCUCUGCGGCUUGGGGGAGAACGGCGCCUCCGGCGUAUGUACCAACCAGUACUGCAGCGUCUGCGGGAUCAUCAAGACCGGAUUCUCCCCGAAGAUGGACGGAAUCUCGACGCAGUCGUCCGGGUGGCGGGCCCACGCGGCCGUGCCGGAGGAGAUCGAGGAAGAGUUCAAGUUCAUGCACGUGAAGCGGGCCAUGCUAGUGUGCCGGGUCAUCGCCGGCCGGGUCGGGUCUGACCCGGACGUGGUGGACAAGGACGAUCCCGGGUUCGAUUCCUUGGUGGGCCGCGAAAAUGGGGCCCACCCGAGACUUGACGAAGAAGAAGAACUGUGGGUGUUCAAUCCUAGGGCUGUGCUGCCAUGUUUUGUCAUAGUGUACAAUGUAUGAUCUAUAUAUGAUAAUGUUUUCUUAGUUAACUUGUUAAAGCUAAGGUUGUACGUUUGGUUGAGACGUAUGGCUUUGCCAAUUGCCAACUGUGCAAUACCGUCUGGCGUGGCAUCCAGAUAAUGAAUGAAUGUGUGACGUGUGGGACACGCUGGCUCAAACUUGCUGAUGAGCUGGCGAUUAAUGAUGAUGAGCCUGCUUUUGAUCCAAAAAGUUGAAUGGUUUGAGGA